UCCACUUCUAAGCUGCUGCUUCUCCCAUGACGUCACCGGAAGUCCUGCGGUCGCUCUUUAGCUGUUCUAAUGAAGAAACCGAAAGGAAAAGAGAGACGUCACAGCUGUCAGCAAUGUGACAAAUCCUUUACAACAACUGGAAAUUUAAAGAGCCACCUGCUUAUUCACACAGGAGAAAAACCGUUCAGCUGUGAAGAGUGUGGGACAACUUUCGCUCAAUCAAGUCAUCUCAAAAGACAUCAACGUAUUCAUACAGGAGAAAAACCGUUCAGCUGUGAAGAGUGUGGGACAACUUUCGCUCAAUCAAGUCAUCUCAAAUCACAUCAACGUAUUCAUACAGGAGAAAAACCGUUCAGCUGUGAAGAGUGUGGGACAACUUUCACUCAAUCAGGUGCUCUCAUAUCACAUCAACGUAUUCAUACAGGAGAAAAACCGUUCAGCUGUGAAGAGUGUGGGAAAACUUUCACUACAUCAGGUGCUCUCAUAUCACAUCACCGUAUUCAUACAGGAGAAAAACCGUUCAGCUGUGAAGAGUGUGGGAAAACUUUCGCUCAAUUAGGUGCUCUCAUAUCACAUCAACGUAUUCAUACAGGAGAAAAACCGUUCAGCUGUGAAGAGUGUGGGAAAACUUUCGCUCAAUUAGGUAAUCUCAAAAUACAUCACCGUAUUCAUACAGGAGAAAAACCGUACUGGUGUGAAGAGUGUGGGACAACUUUCACUCAAUCAGGUGCUCUCAAAAUACAUCACCGUAUUCAUACAGGAGAAAAACCGUACUGGUGUGAAGAGUGUGGGACAACUUUCACUACAUCAGGUGCGCUCAAAAUACAUCAACGUAUUCACGCAGGAGAAAAACCAUAGUGGUGUGAAGAGUGUGGGAAAUCUUUUUCUCAAAGUAUUCACCUUUAAAGUCCAUGAGCGAAUGCACACUGCAUUGUUUUGAAGAACUAUGAGAGCCAAGCCAGCUGUUUC